UGCGCGCUCAGUCACGCACAUGCACGCGCUCUCGUGCCUCCAGUCUUCCUGCCAAAGCUCUAUACUCGCGUUGUCCCACACAGCACCAGUAACGGUUGCCGUUUUCAGCACGGGACAGAACCUGCACCCGCUUACUGCAAUAUGGCGACAGAGUUUCACAACCUUCAGGAGCUGAGGCACAGUGCAUCGCUGGUAACAAAGGUGUUUGUACAGAGAGACUACAGCGAAGGAACCGUGUGCCGCUUCCAGACCAAAUUCCCCUCAGAGCUCGACAACAGGAUUGAGCGAACCUUGCUUGAGGAGACAGUGAAGACCCUGAACUCUUAUUAUGUGGAGGCUGAAAAAAUUGGAGGUCAGUCGUACCUGGAAGGAUGUCUGGCUUGUGCAACAGCUUAUAUCGUCUUCCUCUGCAUGGAGACACGCUAUGAGAAGAUGCUGAAGAAGAUAUCAGGCUACGUCCAGGAGCAGAAUGAGAAGAUCUACGCUCCUAGAGGUCUGCUGCUAACAGACCCCGUAGAGAGAGGAAUGAGGGUUCUAGAGAUCAGUGUGUUUGAAGACCGGGGCUCGGGCAGCUCCAGUCCCAGCAGCAGCAUGUCGUCGGCAGGCAGCAGCGCCCGGUGACUGGAGGGGCAGCGCCAGGCUUACGGGUACCACCACAGGGGCAGCGGGACACUUACCAACAUCCGCAUGCUGAAACAUGAGAGCACCAGGUUCUAAGACUAAGAGUGGAGAGCAAAAAGGCAAGGAGGUGAUCUACAGCACUCACACUCUCCCUGCUGGGGCCUACGACGUACCACCUCGAGAAUAGGAACUGGUUUACACAAACACACUGGACAGCAGAACAAACACAAGUGCAACAGAACCCACACACAGGCAGUAGACACAUAUACGAGCCAACAUCCAGAGUGUCUGUGAGGGAAUAUCUUUUACUCUCCAACAGCUAUCCAAACCAAACUAAUCAUGAUUUCUUUUGUUCCAAUUUUUCCAUUCACCUUUUCUCUCAUUCCAUCACGUCUGUUUCCAUGAGUCACAUCAUCUCUGUUGUAUAGCUGAUUCAGCAGGCUUACUCUUGAUUAGACUGGAUGUCAGGGCUUGAUUGUUUUCAGGGGGGCCACCGUCACUAUGUCUAUCUGCUGACGCAUUGACAGUGUAGUCUUAGGUCUGUGCUUCAGCUCUGAAAUCUGGAAGUAGGAAAACUGCCGGGCUCCUGGGAGACCCAGUGUUCCCCGGUCUGGCUGAAUGAUUGCAUUCAUGUCAGCUGGUUGGGGUCAAGCCACUUUGAAUGCUGGCAAAUUGGGCCUGCUGUGGGACUGCUCUGUUCAUAUGCAUUGGCUUCAAUAUCAAACGGCUAACAGAAAGCACCUUGGAUUAUUUAUCCUUAUUCACAGCAGUGGAUACUAGUGAUCCACAUCACAGCUGUAGGUCAUACUCCUACAUACACAUGCAUGCAGUACUCUGGCACUAGCAAUACAGACACUAGCAGGGGACAUACAAGCACAUAGUACAUACAGUAUAUACACACACCUGUGGCUAGUGACCAAGCGUUCCUGCACACAGAUUCUGGCAGACGUAGAGUCGGAGUCAACCUAGCCAGACAAUAUUUUCUGUGGUUUUAGCUCAUUGAGAACACAAGCAAUACCAGGCCCUGUAAGCCUGCACUAGUUUCCCUGGUAGUGUGUACAUGUACUGUAUCUGGUGUGUUGUGUAUGUGUCUGUUCCAUUAGUCCCAGCCUCACCUAUGUUGAGAUGAAAGCUUGCUGAUCAUUAAGGAGACGUCAGAGAGGAAUGAUCAGUAUCCCAAAUGAGAACCGAGCACACAUUGUAUGGUAACCAGUAGGGUGUUAAUGACAGGUGUGUGUUUGGAUGCGAAUAUAGGUGUGUGUAGGAGAAUCAGCAUGCACAGUCUAAUACCUGAUACUCUAUUCUAGUCUGUCUCUGCUGCUCAUGUAGAUGCAGAUUAUUUCUAAUUAUACAAAAUGCAAUACAGCAUUAAUCAAAAAAGAAUGUCUAGAACAUAAAAGAACGUCUAGAACAUAUUUGACUUGCACACAACAACAUUAAGAAAUACAGAGUAAUGUUGAUGCAGAUAAAGAUUUUAGAUUAAAAAUGUCUCUGACAUUCAAGUCUUUAAGUUCAUUGGUGUCAUCUGUUAGUUAUUUAUUAUCAGAAAUGUAGGGGGCAGUUGUAUGUCAUUUCGCCGAAAAACAGUUUAGCUUUCUCUAGUGACAGACUGAGGAAGUUCUGCAUUUCUGAAUUAAAACAAUUCUACAGGAAUUUGAGUGUAAAGACAAAAUCUGAUUCAUAGUCUGAUUGAAAUAAUUUCUAGUACUACUUACUCACACUACCGCACUGCCCUGCAGCUUCCUUUCUUGUACAUUACCUUUAGAACCUGAGGAGCAUGCAAUCUGUCUCUCUUGUGGGAAAUAGUGCAUCCUGUCUGGCUUAUUUGUGUGUGGAGGCAUUAUGUAGCAACAAUGUUGAUGCCAGUAGACAGCACACCCACACAGCGUCAAACAAAACCUGAAAAAACUUAAGCAAUGUUUGGGUGCAUCUUUUCUUUCUGUUCCCACAGUUUCUGUCUUCUUCUUUCUUUUACCAUUAUCAGUUUUGUUGUCUUUUAACCCGCCUCAUAACAUGAUCUCUAAAUCAACUCUGAGAAUGUAGCCCUUUGCCUCUUCUUUAGCCACAUAGUUCGUUUUGACCAAAUCCCUCAUCAGAGCCCCUGCCUUGCAACCAGCCUUGUGUACUUUUACUAGAGCAGUGUGAAGUUGUAGUUAAACCACUCACUGGAAAGUCGUUUUGCUUCAGCCUCAGCAGAUAGUUUAAUUUCAACUCAACGUUUUACUGCCUGGAUGAGUGAGAUGAACCUACAAAGACAGUUUACCACAGCAGUUGAGUUCAGUUGUGCUUGUGUUCAGCCUCCUGUUCUUUUUGAUGCCUUCAUGUUUCAUCCCAGUGGAAUGGAUACCCAACCUGGGGCUGAUGGACUGACCAAUUAAAAACUCAGCACUCCGACUCAACACUGUCAAUAAGCGAAUAAAGGAGCUCAUUGGACAAUGUAUAAAGAAAAAAACAAUGAGUGUGUAUAAACUGUAAAGGUUAAGAACUGCACUGUACAUGCUUGUCAAUGACCACUGAGUUUGUGAAGUGUAAAGAAGUGGAUGGGAAUGCCAUUAUGCUAUAUAAUUCCAAAACAUCACUGUUGCCCACUACUAGUCCCUUAAUACGUUUUUAGGUUUUGGUAUAUCUUUAAUUUGGGAAUCAAGUGAUAGAGCAGCUGUGAAAGCACAUUGUCUAUACAGCUGUUAGCUGCUUUGCAGUAUCUUCUGUAAAAUGAGGAUUUCAUUUUGUCCACAAUUGUGUUGAUAAUGUAGCUUAUGAUAUUGUUAGUAAUAUCAACAAUGUCAGUUUUUAUUGUGGAGGUAAAUAGAAGGGUAAUGAUGAUGACCCUCAGAAGUCUGAAAUGUGCCAAAUUCAAAAUAUAAAGUUCCUAAAGGAUUAGUUCACAUUUUAACCAUGCUAACCUCUCUAGGGAUGGCUUCGUUGGUCUGUUGGUUGGUACACCACUUUCUAGACUAAAAAUAAAAUGUCUCUACAAAUAUUGGAGGGAUUGACAUUAACAAUUGGCACCUAGAUAAUGGAUGCUUCUGACUCUUAAGUAUCCCCUUGCCAUAUAUACAUUGAGAGAGCAGGAACAAUUACAGGAGGAAUGUUUACAGAAGCCAAUAACUCUUUCAAUGAAUUUAUGGGCCUGAGUAGUGUAUUCAUGUAAACUACAAAAAAAUCUGAACCUAUCCUUUAAGGCUGAGGUGAAAAAGAAGCACUGUGUGCCGUAUUAUAAGGCGUUAUGUAGCUUGUUCUUUCAAGAAUGACUUGAUUAAUGAAGACCAAGGGAGUGAAGAUUAUCACAUAAUAAGAUGUGCAUUGAUAUACAAGUACACUAUCACGGAGCAGAUUAAACUUUGGGUCCUUGAGCCUAUCAUCCGGACUAUCAAGAUAACCUCUGUGCUAACACUUGUCUUUGAAGGAGAAACAGAGAUGAUGUAUAGUCCAUUUCUGUAUGUAAAUUCCCGCAUCAUACUGUAUAUUUAUCUUGUACUGUAUUUGAGAGUGCAGCAAGUUUGUUCAGACAUGUGGAGUCAUCAGUAUUGUAUGUGUGUUAUGCUGUUACAAAUGAGAGAAUAUUCAUGUAUUUCUAAAACUGUAUAAGAUGAUGUUGAUGUUGAUGCUGAUGAUGGUACCAGCCUCUUUGAGUUGCUUUGAGUCCUUGGGGAGACUAAAACUUCAUUGAUGUUUAAUGCUGCACGGUGUGUGUGUGUGUGUGUGUGUGUGUGUGUGUGUGUGUGUGUGUGUGUGUGUGUGUGUGUGCAAACAAAGUAAGUACCAGAUAACAGGAAGUGAAAUCCCUGAUUAACAAAGUCCCUCGGUUAUGCUGCUAAGAGAGAGGAAUUUAUAUUUUAUCUUGAUGCUAUUUGUGUGUUUACAUCUGAUUGUUUGCAUAUUUAUUGAAAUGAAUUUGUGUAUUUUCUUCUCAAAGUUUAUUAUUAUUCAAAGCCUGUAGAGAAGAGUUUCAACUGUCUCCAAGACAUGAAUAAAGUGUCUGAUGAAGUUGAGAUGAGAAUCA